AUGAUGCACAUGUCCUUUUGGUGGGGUUCCGACGUGGGCGAUGUGUUCUUCUCCGGGCUGACCGUCAAUGGGGCCGGACCAAUGGUGGCACUGUGUCUCACGCUAACAGCGCUAUCCGUUGCCUACGAAGGGCUAAAGAUACACGGCGCUAAGGUGCGCGCUCGUACGGCGAGAGAACGGGUACGAUCCGGGUCCUGCCCACCGAGCGAAAGUGCCACCCUGCUAUCGUUGGAAGGAAGCGUCAGUAAUAGUCCGCUGAGUGGCAGCACCUUGCCACGCCGUGUUCGGACGCUUCUCGCGGAAGCUGUUACGUUUCUGUUUCACAGCAUGCUGGGAUAUGCGCUCAUGCUGACAGUGAUGGUUUACAAUGGGUAUCUGUUUAUAGCCGUGGUCGGUGGUAUGGGACUCGGCUACUUCCUGUUUGGCCAUCUCUCGAUGAAGGUGAACAUGGAGAAUAUUCAGGCACAGCAAACGAAAAUGAUUUGCACCACGCGCUGUCUACAGCAAGAAUCGGUAAACCCUUCUGCAUCGACCAGUCUAGAGCAUUAUCCACACAGCGCGUCGGUUGACGUCACCGAGCAUGGUACAAGCAGUCGGUCCGGUGUCGCACAUGGUUCUGGAUGUCAUUAA